CCUCGAAGGCGUCUCGUUGGACGACCUCUUCUCCAGUCUCACCAUCUACCAGCAUCCUUGAAAGACUCCUGGCGCUUACCAGGACGCCCCCUAGGAACGACCGACAGACGGACAGCGAUUCUUGUUAUCCUCAAGCGGAUAUCGGAUGCAAUUCUCGAAUGUAUCUGACGCGUUCAUAGUAGGCGAUGACAGCUCCGUGGUGAGUCGUCCACUGUUUCUGGUUAGCUCGUCCCACAAGGUGCAAUCAGCGAGAUACGGGGAGCCUGGCAAGAUCGCCGCGCACUAUACGAUAGCAGACACGAGAUGGAUUGCUACACAUCUUGGUUCGGGCCAUCGUUGGUCGUCUGACUUGCGCCUGCCUGAUGCGGCAUCAUCACUCCGGCGACUCUCGUGUGUCAAGAAGCGUGGAAAUGUUACCUUUCCACCAUGCCUAAAUGGCUUGUCACUCUGUUAUCUCCCCAGCGUUGCCCCUUAUCUCUCGACCUUGCGACGCAUAUCGCUUGCAGCACUCUUUGCUAGAGCCAUCACGGAGCUAUCUUGUCGACGGCGAGGCUUGACACCCAGCUUGCUACUGUGGUUUCUUCAGCGGAUCUGUAGCCAGCUCGUUCUGUGCCCCAGCGCUCAUAACUUGGAGCCAUGGAGCUCCAUGAGGUUCUGACGUAACAUCCUCGCAAGUUUCCCAUAUAUCCGUUCUACCGAUCAUCGUGCAAUGAUCCGGUGCUAAAUGCCAUUCACUCAUGUAUUCAGGGCAACA